CAUGUUAAAUAAGGUAUUCAUUUUAAAAUAAUACAAAUAAUAUAGAAAAUAUUUCUCAGGUUUUUCUUCGGAAAUUUAAAAUUCAAAGUUCCUCUACAUCAGUCUCUUGAUCAAUCAUAUCAAUUAUAAUAUUGUUUUGACAUUGAUAAAGCGUCUAUUGUUUUAUUUUGAAUGGGAAAGUAUAUAAUUUGAUAGAUCUUAAAAUUGAACAUCCUCAUCAGUAAGAAUUUCAAGUUUGAGAAAUUAACCUUUUAUAAAUA